UUUCAAAUUGAAAAACAAAGACAAAAUUGAUCUGGUCUGACAAAUACCCUUCUCUUUCUCUUUUUUUUCCCAGCAAUGGGAUCGAUUGGGAUGAGAGAGAGAGAGAGAGUGCGUUUUGUUCUUGGAUAUUGCAUUCUUCCUCGUUUUUCAUUCGCUCAGUAUCAUUAUUAUAGUCUUUCUGUUUCACAUCCUUUCCGCCUUUUGUUUUCAUUACUACUACUACUACUACUAUUAAUUUUUAAUAUUUCUCAACCAUCUUUCAUCUGUAUUCUUCUUUUUCCUUUAUUUAAGCUUUCGUCUAUCUACCAUUACUAUUUUCAUCACGACACCACUAAGGCUAUUAUCUUUUAAGUAUUUCUUUUGGAAAUCUAACCGCACAUCUUAAUCACACACUCACCACUACCACAUUGAUUCUUUAUUCUGAGAGAGACAGACAAGUAGCUUCUCCUUAUAUUUUUUCUUUCUUUCUUUAGAGAGAGAAAUACUUUGUUUGUAGUACUAAUUAAUGUCUAAUAGUUUAGUAAAGUAAAUUCAUUUUUUAUUUUCGUCUAUCCCUAGUUUAGAGAGUGAAUCCCCCCUGUGUUUUCCUCUUCUUUGAUUUUCUAGCUGUUGAAGCUCUUUCAUGAUCUCAUUCUCAAUGUUUUAGAGAGUGAAAUUCUGUUUCACCUUUGUUGAAUUUCUUGGGAUUUUUAUUCUCACCUUGAAAAAUGGAGACUGGUGGUCUUAGUGGCGGAGAUGGAGGUAGUUCUGAAGGCGAGAAGAAGAAGCCUCAGGAAGGAGAAGCAAAAGUCAAACGGAAAAUGAAGACCGCUUCUCAGCUUGAAGUUCUAGAGAAAACAUAUGCCACGGAAAUGUACCCGUCCGAAGCUACGCGGGCGGAAUUAUCGGUGCAAUUGGGGCUUUCUGAUAGACAGUUACAGAUGUGGUUCUGCCACCGCCGGCUAAAGGAUAGGAAGGCGGCGCCGUUGAAGCGUCAAAGGAAGGAUUCCACAUCGUCAGCUCACCUUGUUGGAGUUGCGGGAGAAGAAAUGGGAGGUUCUGAGGCGGGAAAUGAACAUGGAUUAGGAGGGUCCAGUUUCUUGGGGCAUGGGCUGGACCUGAAAAGGGUGGUUCCAAGAGCUGGAAUGACUAUUCCAAGGUAUUACGAGAUGCCUCACUCGAUGGCAGAGCUUGAGCUUCGGGCUAUAAAAUUUGCGGAAUUACAGCUGGGUGAGCCUAUAAGGGAUGAUGGUCCUAUGUUUGGGAUGGAGUUUGAUCCUUUGCCACCUGGUGCAUUUGGCGCACCAAUAGGAGCAUCAACAGCAGUGCAGCAGAAACAACCUGGGGGGCCUUUUGAGACCAAAAUAUAUGAUCGACGGGAUACAAAAACAGUCAAGGGUUCGGUGAGGGCUGUUUGUGAAUAUCAGUUUCUCCUAGAGCAGCCCACCGUUAGAACUGAAACAUAUGGGAGAUUUCCCCUAUCCGUAAACUACGGUUUACCCACUGAUGGUCCAAAUGCCAGAGCCUUAUCAUUGGCUGCUGGGUCUUCAUCUUUGCUUGGGAAUGAACAAGUACAACCUGGAUAUGGUUUUCCAGGUCAGAUACCAAAUUUGAAUCUUUUGCCUCAACAAAGCAGGCCAGGGCAUCUCUUACCUACUGCUUCAGGAGAAUAUGAUUAUGUUUCACGAACAAACACUUCAACAAAUACUGCUCUCGAUGCUAAUAUUGGUUCUCACCCAAUUUCUGCACUGGGAAGUCCAUUUGUGUCAUCCGACAGGAGGGUCUGUCUUGAUGAUGAUGUUUUGCGCAAAGAGAGGAAGCGCAAGGGUGAAGAAGAUAGAAUUGCACGUGAAAUUGAAGCCCAUGAGAAAAGAAUUAGAAGGGAGCUUGAAAAACAGGAUAUGUUGAAGCGAAAGAGAGAAGAGCAAAUAAGAAAAGAAAUGCGGAGACAUGAACAUGAAAAGCGGAAGGAAGAGGAGAGGCUGCUACGUGAAAAGCAUCGGGAGGAGGAGAGAUACCAGAGAGAGCAGAGGCGUGAGCUAGAGCGUAGGGAGAAGUUCUUGAUGAAAGAAUCUAUUAGAGCUGAGAGAUUGCGACAAAAAGAAGAACUGCGUAAAGAAAAGGAGGCAGCCAGGCUUAGAGCUGCUAAUGAGAGAGCUAUUGCUCGUAAACUAGCUAAAGAAUCGAUGGAACCUGUAGAGGAUGAAUACUUGGAACUCAUGGAGAUAGCUACAUCAAGCCAAGGGCUGUCUUUAACACUGCCACUCGGCUUUGAAGCCUUGCAAAAUCUUGAUAUAUUUAGAGAUAAGCUGUGUGAGUUUCCGCCCAAAACAGUGCAAUUGAAGAGACCUUUCUCAAUUCAACCGUGGAAUGGUUCUGAGGAGAAUGUAGGGAAUCUUCUCAUGGUCUGGAGGUUCUUAAUUACCUUUGCAGAUGUUCUUGGACUUUGGCCUUUUACUCUGGAUGAGCUUGUCCAAGCUUUUCAUGACUAUGAUCCAAGGUUGUUGGGUGAGAUACAUGUUGCUCUUCUUAGAUCUAUUAUCAAAGAUAUUGAGGAUGUUGCACGAACACCUUCAACUGGGGCAGGAGCAAGUCAAAACAGUGCUGCUAACCCUGGAGGUGGGCAUCCACAGAUUGUUGAAGGGGCAUACGCUUGGGGCUUUGACAUACGCAGCUGGCAACGCCACUUAAAUGUGUUGACAUGGCCCGAAAUAUUGCGGCAGUUUGCUCUGUCUGCUGGAUUUGGGCCGCAGCUGAAGAAAAGAAAUAUUGAGCAGCCAUAUCUUUGUGAUGGAAAUGAGGGUAAUGAUGGUGAAGACAUAAUUACUAAUUUGCGAAAUGGGGCAGCGGCUGAAAAUGCCAUUGCUAUAAUGCAAGAAAGGGGUUUCUCUAAUCCAUGCAGAUCUAGACAUCGGUUGACACCUGGAACUGUUAAAUUUGCUGCAUUUCAUAUUCUUUCUCUUGAGGGUAGCAAAGGCCUAACAGUAUUGGAAGUCGCAGAGAAGAUCCAAAAAUCGGGUCUGAGAGAUCUUACAACAAACAAGGCCCAGGAAGCUUCUAUUGCUGCUGCUUUUUCGAGGGAUACAAAACUCUUUGACAGAACAGCUCCUUCAACAUACUGUGUGCGUUCUCCAUAUAGGAAGGACCCAGCUGAUGCUGAGGCAAUUCUUUCUGCAGCAAGGGAAAGAAUUCAAGUAUUUAAAAGUGAAUUUUUAAGCGUAGAUGCUGAGGUUGCUGAAAGAGAUGAAGAUUCUGAAAGUGAUAUAGCAGAGGAUCCUGUGGUUGAUGAUCUGGGUGCUGAAAUAAAUGCAAAGAAAGAGAUCCACAAUUCUGAAGAAAGAAGCAGUUCUGUUAGAGAAACUAUCUCAGGAAAGGAGGAGAGUGGUGUUAUGGAAACCCCACAAGUUGAAGUUGGGAAUGCAUGCAAGGGUUUAUCAUCUCCACAUUCUGGAGGUUUUGAUAAGGUAAAGCAUAUUGAUGCUUCUACUGAGCAAUCAGCGGGUGCUGCUAGUGCUGGUCAAGAAGAUAUGGAAAUUGAUGAAAGCAACCCUGGUGAACUAUGGGUUCAAGGACUUAUGGAAGGGGACUACUCUGAUUUAAGUGUUGAGGAACGCCUUAAUGCACUUGUUGCUUUGAUUUCCAUUGUAAUUGAAGGAAACUUUAUUCGCAUUGUUCUCAAGGAACGCCUAGAAGCCGCAAAUGCUUUAAAGAAGCAAAUUUGGACGGAGGCACAACUUGAUAAACGUCGCAUGAAAGAAGACUUUGUAUUGAGGACAUAUUAUUCAUAUGUGAGGAAUCCAGUGAAGAAUAGACUUGUGAUGACUUCAGCUGAAUGUAGGGAAAGCCCACAGAUCAUUGGUGACAAAAAAGAUCAUGAUUCCUCUGUUUAUCAUGUUGUGCAGCAAGAAUGCUUAAACAAUUCACAAAAUGAUCAGAAUUGUCUUAAUAACAUGUCUACGGAAGGGAACCUGCCAGUGCAAGAUUUCUCUUUUGGACCAGAUAAUCUCCAAUAUCAGCAACCAGGUUAUGCACUUGACAGAUCUCGUUCACUGCUAAAAUCUUAUAUUGGUCACAAGGCAGAAGAGAUGUAUGCAUACAGAUCAUUACCUCUUGGUCAAGAUCGUAGAAGAAAUAGAUACUGGCGAUUUACUACUACAUCUUGUAACGAUCCUGGUUGUGGCAGGAUCUUCAUUGAGUUACUUGAUGGUCGUUGGAGACUCAUUGAUACUGAAGAAGGUUUUGGUGCUCUGUUGUCAUCUUUGGAUGUGCGUGGGAUCAGGGAAUCCCUCUUGCAUGCAAUGUUGCUGAAGAUUGAGAUGUCCUUUAAGGAAGCUGUUGCACGGAAUAAGCUGCAUGUCAAUGAGAGGCAGAAAGGAGACACGGCUAAGCAAAAAGCUAAUGAAAUGGCUUCAGGCCUUGAUUGGAGUGUCUAUUCUGAAAGUCCUAGUAGCAUUUUAUGUGGGUCUGAUUCUGAUAUGCCAGAGACAUCAUCUUUUUCAAUUGAGCUUGGCAGGGAUGAAAAUGAGAAAAAUAAUGCCCUGAAGAGAUAUCAAGAUUUUGAGAAAUGGAUGUGGAAGGGGUGUUUUAGUUCGUUGACAUUUUCUGUCACGAAAUAUGGGGAGAGAAUGUGCAAAGAGCUUCUGGGUGUAUGCGAUUCUUGCUUCAAUGUUUAUUUUGUUAAAGACAAUCACUGCCCUUCUUGCCAUACGACCUAUAUUGCCUCUAAGAGUGCAUUAAUAUUUUCUGAACAUGUGGCUCAGUGUGCACAGAAAAUGCAAAUGGGUGCUGAACUUGCUUUGGAUGGUUCAGUGUUUUCUCCUAUGAGAAUCAGAUUGAUUAAACUUCAAUUAGCUUUGCUUGAGGUUUCUAUUCCAUUCGAAGCUCUUCAAUCCACUUGGACUGAGGACUACCGAAAUUCUUGGGGUAUGAAGCUGGACUCUUCAACAACAGCUGAAGAGCUUCUUCAGAUCUUGACACUGCUGGAAAGUUCCAUCAGGAGGGAUUAUUUAUCCUCAAAAUUUGAGACUACAAGUGAAGUACUGUCUCCAUCUAACCUGUCAGGACAUCAUGUUGAUUAUUCUUUCAAUCUUGAGGCUGUUCCUGUACUUCCAUGGAUUCCAAAAACAACAGCUGCUGUGGCUCUGAGGCUUAUGGAAUUCAAUGCGGCUAUCUCCUACACACUUACCCAGGGGGCAGAGACUAAGAGGGACAGGGGAGCUGAAGGAUUUAUGGAACUUCCCCCAUCUAAGUAUGCUUUUGUGAAGAACCACCAAGAUGAUGAGACAAUGCAGACUCCAAAUCAAGUAAAGUAUCUACAAAAAGCAAGCUGGGAUGAUGUAGGGAUAGGAUUUUCUGGUUCUGGCCGCGGGGAAGUUCGUAGGAGGGGACUUGGAGUCAUAUGUGGUGGAAGAUAUCAGAGAAGGCCUGCUAAUUCUAGAUCUGGAUCUAGAGAGAGGAUUGCAACUGCAAAGAGUGGGAGAUUAAGGCCAGUAGUGGAAUGGAAAUCACGGUCACAUCGGCAGGGAGGGCGUAACCAUGGUCGACGAAGCAGCAGAAGGCCAAAAGUGGCAAAUAGAAUGGUUGAGAGUGCUGGUGAGGGAGAGAGCCGGAAGGAAAUCAUGGGGAAAUCAUCCAGAAGUUGUGGAAUGAAUGCUUGGAAUGGAGAUGAAGUAGCCUUAUUAGAAACAGGGACUGCUGAUAAUGGUAGAAGCUCUGAAAGCUCAGGAUACAAGGAUGAAAUAAGAGAUGAAUGUGAUUACGAGGCAGUAGAUGAGUAUGGUGGUGGUUUCAAUGGCAAAGAUGAUGAUGGGGAGGGAAGUGAUUACGAUAUAGAUGGUGGUGAGGAGGCUGAGAUUGAAGAAAGAAAUUUGAAUGGAGGGUAUAUAAAGGAGAAUUCAGAUGAGGGGGUGAGGGAUGCAGCAGAUGAUCUACCAUACGGAUAUUCAACAGAAGGAUGUUCAGGGUUCAGUGAGUGAAGAACUUGGUUGAAAUGCUUAGAGGAUGGUUUCUGAGAGGUAAACAGUGGUUUAUGGUGUUCACUGACCAACAAGAAUAUAAUGGUUCUAGACAGGGAGGAAAUUUUAACCAUGUAAAGCACCUCCUCCGUGCUUGCUAUAAUACAAUACAAUUACCAAGGAAUAGCCUCUAAAAUUAGCAGAGAUGAGCAGUAUUUGCUUCUCCACUAACCAGCCUCUGUUUCUUAUGAGAAUCGGAACUUUGCGUGGUUAAUGACACUGUUAUCGUAAAUUUGGGGAAAAAAAUACUGUAGUUGCAACUUAAA